AUGACCAUGGAGAACUUCAUCCAGCAGACACCCGUGACCGCUGGGGGUGCCUGUUUAAUGGGUGAACAACAGGGUGCCCACCUGGUCGUAAGCGGUCGGUACCGGGGUGCGUCCCGCCGUCCCGCCGUCCCAGGCCACUGUCUGUCUUUCUGCAAGGCCAUCUGGGGAAGGCACAGCAUCGAGACUACAGAGCUUGCCAGGCCGCGGGGCCGGGCCGCGCGGGGCGGAGGUGGGCACCGAGGCCGUCUGCCUCUGGACCCGGGGGGCGUCAGCAACAGGGGUCUGAGUGGUGGGCAGCCUGGAGGCGACGGCGGGACGGUCACUGACGGCCCGGCCUCUCGAGAGUUUGGUGCAAGACGUGCCUGGACGUGCCCGGCAGCGGCCGAGAAGGAAGUGGCGGCAGGAGCCGCGGUGUGGGGGCCGGGGGGCCGGGGGGCCGGUCCAGGGCAGCCAGAGGGGCCGAGUAGGAAGCUGGGGCGCGGCGACCAAGGCCUCCGGGGAGCCACCUGGAACGCCCUCAGGAAAUGCCAUGCGGCAGGGUCCAGCGGUGUGGACGCAGACGGACCCUUCCUGUCUCCACCCCCGGAAGCACCCUUCACGCAGGAGGCUCUGUGCCCUUGGUUCGCGGAGCCCCUCACUCCCUGCGAGGCCCCCCCAGCCUCCCGGACACGGGCCCGCGGCUGGGGCUCCUCCUGCCGCAGAAACUCAAGGCUCAGUUUGCGGGUGGAGCGGGGAUGCCCCCCUGGGGUCCGGAAGCGGCGCAAGGUGGGGGUCCAGCCUUCCUCUGCCUGCCGGGCGCCAGGUCACCCGGGGCAGCCGGUGCUGGAAGGACUCCGGGCAGGGCCGCUGACGCUGCGGACUGAGACAGCCACACUCUCCAAGCUGACCUCAGGAAACUUCCAGAAGCUCCUCCAAGAGCAAGAGAGUUCCUUCUCAUCCUUCACUUCGCGGACCUCCAGCCCUGCCCCCACGCCGCCCGCCCACCCCCUCGGCCAGAGGCCGGUGCUCCCUGCCCCUCCUGCUGGCUGCACCGCUGGGCAGCGCCCACCUGAGCCCCAAGGCCCGGCUGACAGAUUCUCUGACGACGAGUGUCUGAGGGAUGGUAUUGCCUUCCGGUGGGUUUUCCACCAUCGCAGUGACAACCCAAGAGACGAGACACCAGAUCUACAUCUGGAAAGUUCCGGGACGUGGACCUGGGGACCCUCGUGCGUCUGUGUCGGCCAGGGGCCGGUGGGGCUCCGAGGGGUGUGCGAGCACCCCACAGUCCGCGGCCACAGCAGUCAGAGGCCGCCCGGAUCCGAGGGCCGGGAAGGAGGGCCCCUCGAUGAGUGGGGCCACGGGGUGUGGACGCCGCCGGAAGAAAUGGGGCAGAAGGUCUCGGAAAUGCGUCUCGUGAGUCGGGCGGGAAGGUCCCCGCACGCGGUCACAGCCUCGCAGCUACGCCCGCGUGGCUCCGGAGGCGGCGCCGCCCCGCAGGGGGUGCGCGUGGCCGGGACGAAGCGCGACCCCAGGCCGCCCGCGGGACAGGCGUCUGUCCGCGCCGAGCCGGGACCCGGGACCCCGCGCCAUCUGUGGCGCUCGCUCAGCGGGACACUGUCAGACCGCGCGUGCGCCCCACAGGAGCAGGCCUGCCGGGGAGCAAAGCCAAGGCCGGGCGAGCGUGGAGGGGACACCCUGCCGCCUUGUCCCCAAGCCGCAGCCUCGCCAGGCGCUGUUCCAGGAGCCGCAACGUGCCUCCCUCCUGAGCUGCCGGAGCGCAUGCCGAGCGUGGGCCGCCGUGUGGACCGACGCCCCCGCCCUCCCCCGGGCUCCCGCCGCACGCGCUGCCCCUCGCCGCCCGCCGGGGCCCGGGCCGUGCGACUGCCGAGUCCGAGUCCCCACGGCCACCUGUCUGAGGGCAGGCCCCCGUCCCCACUGGGCCGCCGGUCACCUGUGAGGCCAGCCUCCCCGGAGCCGCCCCCAGGGGGGCUGCAGGGGCACCGGGACGCCCCGCGGGAAUUCAGUGACGCAACUAUUACGGAGACAAUUCGCGAGAAGGCAGUUGGGCCGCAGAGGACGCAGCUGUCGGCCGAGGUGGACAUCCCGGAGCACGAGGUCCUGGAGAAACGGGCCUUCCGAGCGGACUGCUGGCUCAGGAAUUCUAUUCAGGGAGUGCGAACGGGUCUGCAGCCCGCCCAGGACGGGAGGCCAGGGCGCACACAACGCACGGGGAGAGGCCCCCCAGGCCCCCCGCAGGACGGCGAGCUGGCUGUGCGGACACACGGGGACAGGGCGGCUGGCGGCCAGGGCGGCCUCACUCCACACAGGAGGGCCCCCGCGGGCGCCUCCCCUCCGCCCUGCGGCCUGGGCCCGGCCACCUGCCCGACGCCAGUCCCUGCACUGGACGCUCCCUGCCGAAGGCGCACUGCGGAGCGGGGUUGGGGAGCGGGGAGCCGCGCCCGCUUCCCUGGCCCUCCCACCCUGUUCCUCCCUCCCGGGCCCACUGGGGCCGCGCAGGGGGCUCCCUACUGCGCACUGGGCCCAGACCCCACCCCGCCCGCCGACAAACACUGCUCCGCGCGCAGCCCCGUGUUUGCACACUUGUACGCGCACCCUUCAUCGCCCUGGGCAGUUCCCUUCCUCGCCUUUCCGACCAAGCGUCCGGUCUCCGUCCCUCCGGGGUCAUGUCGCCUGUCCCCGGAGUCCGUGCAGCACAGCCCCGGAUCCUCGCCCUGGGGUCCCCGUGCCCCCGGCCAGGGCUGCUGUCCCGCGUCCCGGACCCUGAGCCAGGGCCCCAGCGGCCCCAGCAGCGUCCACCCUCGGCCGAAGGAAACGCUCCCUCGGCUCUGGGGCGGCAGAGCCGGAGGCCCGGCUCGAAGGAAAGACCGCUUUUGGAGAAAACAUGUGCCCCGUGGUCUCCGCAAGGAGUUCGGCCGCGGACGCGCCGCUCAGCCACGGGGCCGACACCGGGAACGUCCUGCAGGACGCAAGCCACCGGCGCCCUCCCCGCUGCCGAGCCCGGCCCCGCCCGGCGUCCUUCGGGGGGCGCGCCCCGCCUUGCUGCCCCCGCCGGCCCCCUUCUCUCGCCGGAAAGACGGCAGAGAUGUUUGA